AUGGUUGAGAAGAAGAGUAUGUAAAAGAAAAGUAAUAAUAAUAAUAAACAAAACCACAACUCAACAUACAUACAGACAUAUUACAUACAUAUAUAUAAAAAUAAAUAAUUAAAGAAACAAAACAUAGAAGAAAAUAAAAGAAAGAAACCCAGUGACUGAGUGAGAGAGUUUAUAUAUAUUGAGCAAACUAUAACUAACGAAACGGUGUUUCAACAUCACCAACGAACGACACCAACAUAAUAGCAACAGCAGCUACAGGCAACAAUUAUUGUCGCCAUUGCCAUAUGUACGGUGAUCAAUUCAUCCUCCCUCCAACAUUCUACAACCAUUCAUUCGUUUAAUCAAUUAGCAAUUAACUCUCACACAUGGUUUAUUUUUAAAGUUUUCAUUUUUAUUAUUUUAAUUAUUUUUUAUCUUGUAUGAUGAGGUUUGAGCAUUUUCCAUAACACUUGAAGAGCUGAUGAAGUAGUGAGUGUGCAAUGCAACCUUAAACUCUCGAUCCGAAUUGAAUCUUUAUAAAACAACAACCUCUACAAUUACGAUCAUCAUUAUCAUCAAUCAAUACAUGCAAUACAACUCGUUACUGAAGCAACAACUAAUACAUAAAAUUAUCAUCAUUAUCCGUAUUUCAUCAUCAUCAUCAUUACUGUCAUUAUUAAGAAUUUCAAAUAAGAAAAAAAAUUAUCAAAGAAAACCGUAAUAAAAACAAUAUACUCUGAAUAAUCAUUUGGCCAUCUCUCAAGUGUGUUGCUUGAAAAAAUGUCAACGUUCUUAAAUAAUUUCUUCCCAGCAGAUACGGCUGCUAUGGAUCCAAUUUUUUAUUCCCCAUCAAAUGGCAUACCUUCUGAAAGUAAACUCGCAACAUAUAUGGUAACACCACAAUCGCCCGAAUUCAUUCCAACACGUAUCAAUUCAUCGCCCAACUUCUAUUCGCCAUAUCAUACUCCAAUGUUAAAUGGUGUAGCGGCCGGUAGUAACGUUAAUGGUAUAACGCCCACAAGUACAGCAGCUAAAUCGGUAAAUGGUACACCCUCUAUGUUGGGUCUACAAAAAGCAACAGCCGCUGCCGUGGCACAACAAAAACAAUUACAACAGCAGCAAAAACACAGCCUCGUCAACGGUGGCACAAAACAAAUCGGUCAACCGAGUGCCCAACAAGGAUACGUAGGCAUGACAACGACACCAUUGAAAGGUGGACGCAAUAGUUUGCUGCGCAACGAAUCACCCUCUAGUAUAGGGGAAAAAUCACCGCCACGCAUGACACCGCACGCAUCCCCCAUACCCACCACAUUACCAGCCAAUGUUCAUCAGGAAAAUGUUGGCGGUACUAUAUAUUUUUAUCCAACUGCCAAUCAUACGACCAGCCAGAAUAGCAACACCGUCGGCGUGCCCAGCGGCGUUGUGGAUCCAACGUCCGCCCAUCAUGGCGGGCCGCCGGUUGUGGGCGUUGGCAUGCCGCCCUUAACGCCCGUCCAGCCAUCGCUCAUGUAUACGGGUCAUGUGUAUCCCGGUCCUGCCUCCAACGUUAUAACAAUGCAACCGAAAACACAAUUGGAAUCGGCAUUCUUUCUACCCGACGAAAUGCGAGCCGAAAUAUUGUCGCGCAAUGUGAUCUCGAAUUUAAUGUUAGAUGCCAGCGAAGCAGCACAACAUGCCCUACCCAUGGAAAUUGAUAAUUAUCAUACGUUAUAUCCGCUGGAAGCGUUGCCCGUUCAACCGUUGCACGCCAAGUUAACGCUGCCCUCUUCCACCUACAAAGCAACACAUAGUUCAACUGGUAUCAAAUAUUGUCUGAGAAGGUUACAUGGUUUCCGUUUGCAAUCGACAAAAUGUAUGUCAGUCGUGGAAAUGUGGAAAAAAUUGCAACAUUCAAAUGUGGUACAAUUACGUGAAGUCUUCACAACAAAAGCAUUUGGUGAUAAUUCAUUAGUAUUAGUUUACGACUAUCAUCCAAACUCACAUACAUUAUUAACGAAAUAUUUUACACCAACGCCAGAUAGCAAUGGCUAUAAUGAUCCAUUCCAGGGCGAGGCACGCCCCUUCAGUCAUAAGAGCAAUUUACAACGUUCAAGCAAUGGUCCUCUAUUAUCAGAGGCAACAAUUUGGUCAAUAAUUAUGCAAUUAACAGCUGGUUUACGUGCAAUUCAUCAAGCUGGCUUAGCCUGCAGAGUUUUAGAUCCAACAAAAAUAAUUGUGACUGGUAAACGAGUACGUUUUAGUUUUUGUGGCACAAGUGAUAUCGCACAGUUUGAUCCAAAUGCUACAAAUCCUUUAGCUGUUGUCAGCAUGCACCAGCAGGAGGAUUUAACUGCUUUGGGUCGUUUAGUAUUAGCAUUGGCUUGCAGAUGUUUACAGUCGGUACAGCGUGAUAAUGUACAAUCAAGCAUUGAAAUGGUCUCACGUCAUUACUCCUCCGAUUUGAGAAAUUUUAUUGUUUACUUAUUUACAACGACACAAAGACGUUCGGUGACUGAUUUGAUGCCAAUGAUUGGUGCACGCUUUUAUACACAAUUGGAUGCCUUGCAAGCACAAUGUGAUAUGCAAGAAGAUGAACUUGCUAAGGAAAUGGAAAAUGGACGUCUCUAUAGAAUAUUGGUGAAAUUGAAUUGUAUUAACGAGAGGCCAGACUUCAAUUUGGAUUGUACUUGGUCUGAAAUAGGUGAUAGAUACAUGUUAAAAUUAUUCCGUGAUUAUUUAUUUCAUUCCGUCACUGAGGAUGGUCGACCAUGGUUGGAUCACGCACAUAUUGUACAAUGUUUAAAUAAAUUAGAUGCUGGCUCAUUAGAAAGAGUUCAACUAAUGUCUCGCGAUGAGCAAUCGGUUCUUAUUGUUACUUAUGUUGAGCUCAAGAAUUGCCUGGAAAAAGCAUUUUCCGAAUUGAUGGCCAAUGCUGCCACAUAAUAAUAGACUAUCAUUUUAAUCACUUCUCUCUCUCCUACUUUUCUACACAUCAAGAACAACUACAACAAUUACCCUUCCCCAACGAAAAUGUUACCAUUCUGAAACAAAAAUCCAAAUUAUUUAGAAAACAAAAGGAUAACAAACAAACAAAAUAAUUAAUUAAGGUAAAAAAGUUUUAUUUAAAAAAAAAAACAAA